UUUUACAGUCAGUAAAAAUCAUGGAUAUUUAAUUUAAGUUAUUAUAGUAUCAACUUGAAGAUAGCUACAUAAAAAUAAGAUAUAUUUCAAAUACAUAUUAUAUUUUUUAUUUCAUUUUAAUGAAUAUGUCAUUUUACAUUUCAUUUUUUCUGAUCUUUAUAAAUUUGAAAGAAUAUAAAGGUAUACUGUUAAAAGGUAAAAGAGCUCAAGAUGGUCAGUUUCCCUGGUUGAUACAGUUUCAAACAGUAGCUCCAUGUGGUGGAGUACUUCUAUCACCAGAUUGGGUUUUAACCGCAGCGCAAUGUGUGCAAGACAAGAGAAAUGUAUGAUACUUUUUCUACCUAAUGCUAAAAAAGGAUAUAUAUAUAGUCAUAUCUUAAUUUUAUUAAUACAGUCCAUUACUUUAUUUGCAACUGGACUAAAUGGAACUGACUCUAAACAGACAUUACCUGUAAAAGCUACAUAUAUAUAUCCCACAUAUGAAGCUUAUUCUGUUCUUCCUGAUCGAGAUCAUAACAUAGCUCUUUUAAAACUUACUAAGCCAUUUGACAUGUGCCAUAAUAAAAUAAUCCUACCUAAGGUUGUGCCUGUCAAAUAUGAUGAUGAUUACAAACUAUGUUUGAUAUUUGGAUGGCAAAGUUAUGUUGCACCAUCUUCAAAAGUUCUAGCUAAGCCAGUUCUAUAUUAUGAAGUAAUUCUUAAUUCCUGGAAAAUGUGUACAUAUAUGAUAAAAACAAAUACAACUUACACAAAUGUAUUUUGUACAAUGGUUGAGUUUAAGGAUGAAAUGAGAGCCUGUGCUGGUAAUCCUGGUUCUCCAGUUGUAUGUGAGAAUCAAAAACAUGAGAUAGCUCUAGUUGGAAUUGCAUCUUGGACAAACUUUUCUUUAGAAUGUGGAAAUCUUCCAACAUAUAUCGAUAUUGGUGCAUUCAGGGCAUGGAUGGAUGAUUUAGUUUUUAAUAACAAGGACACAGAAGAAUGGGAAAAUAACACCAAAUUAAAUGAAAAACAGUGUACAUUUAAAGAAAACAAUAAUGUACAUGAUAGUUUAUGGAAUCAUUCAGAUCUUUUACAAUUAGGUUCACGAAUAAGUUAUUGGCCAGGUAAUACAAAAAUACAUUUACAUAAUAAAACUGGGACAGCAAUAAAGUAUCAAAAGGUACCUAUAGAAAGUAUGAACAAAUCUUAUUUUUGGAAUAAGUUAUAUCAAUCUAUUUCUAAUAAUUUUAACCAUAAAAAUGCAUCUUCCUCCGAUGGUUACUAUAAAAUGUCUUAUCUAGAUGUAGCAAAAGAACCAAGUAGUAAUAUUUAUAAAUAUAAAGAAAUUGGAAGUUCUCAAAAUAAGAAUCAAAUUGUAGGAAAUUUGAAUGGUGCUAUGAAUAAAUCAUUAUUGUGCAACAUUCAACAAUUUGAUAAAGUUACAGUACAACAAAAUAAGGAUCAAAUAGAAAUAGAUGAUUUUGAAUUGUUAUUACCACUUAAUUUUGAAGCUGUUUCUUAUUCUAAUAUUAUUGUUUUUGAUUUAAUACACUGA